AUGGACUUGAAGCUACUCAUUUUCGUAAACAGCAUCCUCCUAGGAACAUUAAAGGCGGGCACACCCGCACUGUGCCGUAUGUCAAGUUCUGAUUUGGAUUUGGGAGAAGAAGGAGACCUAGGUGUAGGAAAAUAUUAUGUAGACGACAAGACAGAUAAGUUGGAGACGUCGGAAACCACUGAGCCAGACAGCUCAGGGGACGCGGAGAUGUCCUCGGGAGAUGAGAGUUUGUCGGAGCUGAUGAACCCAAACUCACAGAAAACACCAGUGGAGUCAGAUGCACACGUGGCCGAAGAUGUGGAAUCUGCACUGCAAUCAGAGUCAGAAGAAGGAGCGCUGAAGUCGGAUGAAGACUCAGAAGAGUCGGCAAAGUCUAACACACGGGUAGAUGCAAAAUCGGAAAAGACAGAAGAAGAGUUCAGAGAGUCGGAUGUACUGAAGCUGCUGUUUGAAGACGUGUCGACAGAGUAUUCGGACGACUACGCAAAGUCGGUGGAUGAUGGAAAGGAAAUGGACCCAGAAAAGGAGUACUCAGUGAAGUCAUACGUGCCAGGAGAGAGCAUCCUGGUGCUAGCAACGCCAAGCGGAUGCUCACUCAUGGACUUCGAGGGCACGGAGGAAGGACCGCAGAUGGUGGAGUUUAAGUUUACGACGUCGCAGCUGGACGACUGCGUAAAGCUUAACGAGGACAUACUGAACGAGAUGACAGAUCACCUGGCGAGACAAGUGGCACAGACGAAAGGACCGACGACGAAAAUGGUGGAAAUAUCAGUAAGAGACCCAAUGAGAAACAGCCAGUUAAACAUAAGGGAGACGACGAAGGUGUUCUCAACAGGACACAGAGACCCAGGAGAGUCUCUGGAGGAAGAAGAGUACGAGAGAGGUCCUGAGAGUGAGUUUGUGGAUGACCUUAGGAGUAAGUUUGAAAACGAGGAGAUCGUGACGGACGAAGAAGACAAGAAGGACGCAAGGAUGCUCCUGUCUGAAAUUUUGAACUUUGACUUCCUGCCAACAAACUCAGAUUCAGUGUACGUGAUGUCGUACUCGUUCAAAGAAGAGGACUCGGAAGAAGCACUGGAGAGAGAACAGCUGUUGAACGAGUUCUACUCAACAAGGAGAAGCGGCGAUGGCGCAAGCGCCAGGGGAGCCAGCGGAAAAAGGAAUGGCUUCCAAAACAGAAAAAAAAAUGAAAAAAGUGAAAAGUUUGAAUCGCUAUUCAAGUCAAUGGAAAAUUUCACAAAUGAAAAGUUCGAAAAGGUAAUAGGAGAGAUGAAAAGAUUGCUGGAAACAGAAGAGGGCAAGAAGGAGCUGGAAAAAAUCAGUAAGAAGCUGCAGUCGCAAUUCGAAAAAACUAGGGACCUGCUGCAGAAGGAAGUGAACGAAGGAAAGCAAAUACUGAGUGACCUGAGUAAGCACGGAGUGGAAAGCGUGGAAUGCAGCGGACUGAAAAGCGAAGAGUGCAGCAAGUACUCGAAGUGCGAAAUGAUGGACGUCGACGGCAAGGAGAUGUGCUUCGUCUCGCCGAAGACAAUCUACUGGCUCCUGGAGACGAGCUGCGGCCUGCAGUCAAAGUCGGCGCUGAUGUCAAUCGCGAGAGACCUGAACAGAGCGGGCAUCAUGAGCACCAGGAGAGUGAGCCACCUGGAGCAGUCGUUCGACCCGAGGAAAAUCUGCAACGCAAUAACACACGCGUACCUGUCGAAGCUGGCGCCGAAGGAGGACCAGCAGCCAAACAGAGCAUUCAACCACACGACCCAGUAA